AUGAAUGAAAGAAAGGAAGGAAAUAGUUAUUUUGCACUAGGUAAAAAACGACGACGUCAUAGAAGAGCUCAUCAAAUUCCUGGUUCUCCCUCCUUGGAAGAACAACUCCUUGAUCACGUGGACGACCAGGCAGAUGGUCCACAUGAAUAUACCUUAGUAAAAAAACGCAGACAACCAAGAUCUGUUCCAACGGGAAGAACGAAGAGGCCAAAAAAACAGGGCGUUGGUCAUCCUGUUGGUCGUCCUGGUAUCGGUCACCGCACCAUUAUUGAUAUUCAUUUAGAAGUCUUAAACGAAUGUCAAAAAGGGGACCUGCAUUCGACAAAGGAAGACUUCCUCACCAUUCUUGUUGAUGAAUUUAUGGGAAGCGAAUUUAUGGAAGAAGAAAAGGUUCAAGGUUCAGAUUCCACGUUUAGGGUUGAUGUUCCUGAGGAACGGGUUCCAAGUUCAGAUUCCGAAUUCAGGGUUCAUGUUUCUAAGGAAGAUUUUCCAAGUUCAGGUUUCGGGUUUAGGGAAAGAAGACUUUGUUCCUGA